AUGAAGAUGUUUGAUCUGGUCAGGAGAAAGAGAGCGAAUCGACAGCAGAUUAUCUCGAGUGUUCCUGCGGAACAUGUCAAGAAUCUGGGCGCUAAGCUGGAUGGAUAUGAGGAAGAAGGAGCGCCUGAGAACUCGGGAGAAGAGGGUAUGAGAGAAAGAUUAUUUCGAGAGCUUAGAUACAAUGUCUUCGAUAAGUGCGAACAGGUUCUCAAGGAAGGUCUGGAUCCCCAGCUAUGA